GGCUGGUGAAAUUCCAACAUGGCAGUGGCUGUGGUCAGUGUUUCCUGCGUUAACUUGGGAUGGUUUCAGCUCGUGCGCAGCCCGGCUUAACCUCGACACCCGACAGAAGCCCCUCCUCGGGAUCGAUGCGACCCCAACUCACCCCUGCUUGAGGGGGUCAACUUGUCGCUGAAUUAUAUUAAAAGUAUAUAUUUAUAAAAAUAAAAAAAGGAGGAAAACACACAGCACGUCAUGAUCAGCAGCAGCAGCGUCUAUGGCUUGAAGAUGCAGUGGACCCCAGAGCACAGCCAGUGGGCCGAACAGCAUUUCGACAUCUCCUCUACCACCCGCUCACCAGCCCACAAGGCUGAGGCCUACAGGGCGGUGUCUGGCCACCUGCAGCGCUCCUCCACCUACCAGUACGCCUGGGCCAACGACGACAUAUCUGCCCUCACCGCCUCCAACCUGCUGAAGAAGUACGCCGAGAAAUACUCCGGGAUCCUUGAGAUGCCGGCUUCUUACUCCGAGGUGCCCGGAGUGAUGAACGGCCGGAAAGGUGAGUCGGAGCCCUGGCAGGAUGGCGUCUACCCCAUGAGCUGCAUCCCGGAGGGCGUUUCCGUCAGGAAGGGGGGCGUGGCCGCAGCCUCCGAAGUGGUCUCUGGCAUCUGCAGCUCGCCCGGCCUGGCUUCCAGCACCCUCAGCGAGCCCAGCUACUCCAGCAGCAGCUGUGGGAGCCACUCUGCUACGGCGCUCCACUCCUCCUCCAUGACCUCUCAGGAAUACGGCCCCACCUACAGCGGCUCAUACCUGCACAGUAGUUACAGCUCCCAGUCUACCCCCUCCGCUGCCCUUCCUUCUCCACUGCACAGCUCUGGGCUGCUGCAGCCCCCUCCGCCACCUCCCCACCCCACCAUUGUUCCAGCUUACAAUGGAGGCUCCCCCAACUUGUCUAGUUAUAAUUACCCCCCAGCAGGCUACCCAGCUCAGAGCUCUGUUGGGCCUGGAUACAGCCCUGGAGGAGCACCCCCUCCCUCCUCAUACCUCCCCUCAGGCAUCGCCGCUCCCACUCCUCUCCCUCCGUCCUCUGGCUUACCCGGAUACCCGUAUCAGAGCCACAACCUGACGCCCAUCGCGCCCACUCCCCUCAACAGCAGCUCCUCCAACACGUUGAAGCGCAAAGCCUUCUACAUGACAGGCCAAGGAGAGAUGGACCCAUCCUAUGGGAACUUUGGCUAUCCCCAGGCACGGAGCUCAGCAGAGAGCCCCAUGUACAGGGUGGCGGACAGCAGCAGUGCAAACGGAGGCUCCAACAGCGGGGGCGGCUUCGACAGGAACCCAGAGAAGUCAUCCUUACCCUUUAAUCCUCAGAAACAAUCCACAAUGCCAUCCGAGCAGAGAAAGUACAGCAACCAGGCAACAGGUGGGCCGCUGACCCCCCCUGCCUACGUGUCCUCCACCCUGGGGGGUUCACGCUCCGCAGACUCUCUCGCCAGCUUCACUUCCCCCUCCCUUAGUGAGCAAGGUGCUGAUGAUCACCGCCUCCACCUUUCCCACUCAGCACCAGGGCCUACCUCCUCCUCCUCAUCCUCUGCCUCAUCCCGCCCAACCGAGGAGCAAUUAAAAACCUGUGACCCUCACCUCUUGGACCUUGUGACCUCAGAAAUCGUUCAGCAGGGUCCCCCUGUGGACUGGAGUGACAUUGCAGGUCUAGAACUGGCCAAAGUUACCUUAAAGGAGGAGGUCCUGUGGCCCAUUCUGCGUCCAGACAUGUUUAACGGUUUAGGACUGGCCCCUCGCUGCGUGUUGCUGUUUGGCCCGCGGGGCAGCGGCAGGACGUUGCUGGGCCGCUGCCUCGCCAGUCAGCUGGGGGCGACAUUUCUCCAGCUCAGCGGCUCCACUUUGGCCACCAAGUGGCUGGCCGACGGAGAGGAAAUUAUCCGCGCCUCGUUCCUGGUGGCCCGUUGCCGGCAGCCCUCAGUGCUCUUUAUUAGCGAGGUGGACAUGCUCCUCUCCGCCCACAUCAGUGAAGAGAGUCCGAUUACCCAGCUGAAGGGGGAACUGCUCACCCAGCUGGACUCUCUGCUCAUGAGCUCAGGUGAAGACGGAGGAAACCAAGUCCUGGUCAUUUGCUCCACAAGCAGACCUCAAGACAUGGAUGAAGGCCUGCGGAGGUACUUUACUCGGAGGGUUCUAGUGCCCUUACCGGACAGCGCAGCUCGACACCAGAUCAUGAACCAGGUCCUGGCCCAGUCCCAGCACAAAUUCUGCUUAAGCGAGGAGGAGCUGGCGCUGCUGGUGCGGCGCACCGAGGGUUUCUCUGGACUGGAUUUGGCCAGACUCUGCCAGGAGGCCCUCGUGGGUCUGUUACACGCAUCGGCACAGGGCAUGGACAUGACGGGCAUGAUGCCCCGGGGCCAGAUCAGGCCCCUCACCUACCAGGACAUUGAAGGCGUCUGUUGUAAAUUCCAAGCCAGUAUAUCGCAGAAAGAGAUUGACACGUACACUGAGUGGAACAAAAUGUUCGGCUGCAGCCAGUGAACAAAUAAGCACUGCCCUUGAGAAAAAGAGGCUUCCACAAUUCCUCCCCUCAGGGCGUUAGCAUUGUGCUAGAGGGAAAGGCCCCACAGAGGGCCGACGGGACUCGCUGUGUCCUCACAGAGACCUGGUUUUGACGUGACAAGCAGUUUUGAAGUCAAUGAAAGAAUCUGAAUCCAAAUGCGUAUCAAGCCAGGCACCGUUUACACAUUUCAAGCAAGUCAGCUUCACGUGAGACGCCCUAGUGUCCGUGUACAUAUAUCGUAUGUCGUCGUUCUCGAGAUUUAGUUGGCUAUCCAAGUGCCUGAAGUGGUGCUUUUCUGAGUUCCCUUAAUUUGCCUCAUAAUCUAAAUACAUGGCAUGAGCUGAUGAUUAUUAAGAGCUUUAAACCUUCAGCAGAGAGUCUGAAACAGAUCGACGGUAUUCAUCCUUUAUUUUGUGUUGUUGUGACAGUCCGUUGGGGAAGCCGCAGUCUGGGCCCCAAAUCACGUCUCUGCAAAACAAACAAACCUAAACAAAAAGCAAAUAACACUCAGGAAAGCAUUUGUAAAUUGUACAGUACCUCGAGAAAUCUCAACAAAGAAGCACUAAGAUUUGAGAAGAGAAUCCUUCACAUUUAGGUGGACCUCGAGCGGCUUGGAUAAAAUCACAAAGAGGUGACAAUGAAUGUAUUUAGAUGUGAUCUACAGUGAGAGUAAAGCAUUGUGUCUUUUAUUUUACCAUCAGAAAAGGAUAUUAAUUUCCCUACAUCUUCUUGACCAAUCCUGAAAUGCAUUUCUUUCCCUCUACAGAAACAGACAGCAUCUGCUUCCUGGUUUAGGUUGAGGUUAUGAAGCAGGCGGGUGCAUUGAGGCCGGUAGGUGCUGUAGAUAAACUUGUUCAUAUGAAACAAUCUAGGCUAUGCGAUCAUGCUGCUUGGAAGCUCUGUCAGUUUUCCAAACAAUCAUUUAUUUAUAAUUCUUUUCAUACCACUUAACAAUUCAUCUUUAUGGAAGAGGAUUAGGGCCACUGAAAAAAAAAGGUUAACUGAUUUUUUUUAUUUUAUUUCAGUGUAAUCUGGGAAAGAAU